ACAGCCAGACCGAGGACUCAUCGGUUGGAAGUUGGUCAACGUUGUUUCACGUCCCAGCGCAAGUCAGAAAUGGCCUUCUAUCUUGGGAUCGCAUUCCUCUUGUGCAUAGUACCCGUGGAGCUUACAGACAACAGUUCAUCUUUGAUGCCUAAUGGUACCGACAACUCCACCCACGUCAACAGAACACGGAUCUGUCUGACGGGAGACAUCAUCAUAGAGAUCACCGCAGAUGACAACAUUACAUGCGACAGGGAACAGUUGAAUGGCACCGAUGGCCAUGGAGGCGAUGGGAAGAAGGUCAACGAGUCGGACUACAUUGGUAUCAUAACAGUCCCCCUCUUCUUUAUACUGAGCGUAUUCGGGAAUAGUCUCACCAUAGCAGUGAUGCUUGGGAAGAAGUUCAGAUCGAUGACUAGCAGCCUAAUUCUCAUUGUCAUGGCAUUAUCCGAUACCUGUUUCUCUUGCAUCAUCCCCUUCAAUAGGUUGUUCUUCAGAGUUUGGGUCGGGUAUGACGUCAGAGCCCUGUCCUCCGGAGGUUGUUCCUUUUUUUUCAUAAUGCACAAAACCAGCAAGAUGUCCUCCUCUUGGUUCAUAGUCUUUGUCUGUUUCGAGAGGUUUGUUGCUGUCUUGUACCCGCUACGAACUAAAUUGAUCUGCACAAAACGAAAUGCACUGAUUGGCAUAGCAGGGGUGUAUACUGGCCUUUUCCUUUAUAACGGAUUCUGGACCUUUUCCGUGAGAAUUGUAAAUGGGGUAUGUGUGCCAAACUACGCCACUCCAGAAACUGCCGCAAUGGCGAGAGUGUUCCUAAUCCUCGGGACGUUCAUCUACUCGCUGGUCCCGAGCGCGAUCUUGCUUGUCCUGACGCCCGCCAUCUGUUUCCAGCUGGCGAGACAUUCUAAACUGAGGAGAAAGAUGUCAAACAAGCAGGACACUCAGCAAGACGAGACUAACAAGACGACCGCCAUGUUGUUAGGAGUAACCUUGGCUUUCUUCACCCUCGUCACGCCCAUCUCGAUCGCUCAUAACAUUGCCUUUACACUCGGUGUAAACUUCUUCGAGAGCACAGAUUUUAAGAUGGUUGUGGUUCGGGAAACACUGCAGGUGAUGGAGCAGAUCAACUACUCCAUCAACUUCUUCAUGUAUGUCAUGUGCAGCCGAGCCUUCAGACGUCGACUUGGCCAGAUCCUGGGCUGCAAGUUCCUUCAGGACAGGAGGUCAGAGAGUCAUGCAUCCUCCAGCGUGCAAACCGCAGUAUCAACAGUCUACAAGAACAACUGAUAGGCGGGGAUGCGCACACACGGAGAUCCCAACUUUCAAUACAUCAUUUAGUCUUUACCUUUGUUUAAUACUCAAUGGUUAGAUAUGGUAUUAUUUUGUCUGUUUGUUUGUUGGUUUGCACUGCAUUCAGAGGUUUGGCUGCUGUAUUUCCGCUUGCUGUCAUUAAGUAUGGACUAGACAUACCAUUUCAAGUAUAAACGAUAGAAAAACAUGUUUUUAUAUCCAUAAACGUUACAUAAAUCUUGUGUUGUUGGCAUUAUGAACCACGUCACAUGUAGUCAGGAUAGGAUGACACGCUUUCAGCCGUCGGACGCGACCAUCCGAUCCAGUUUAGUCGAUCCUUAAAACAAGCAAGAGAUCGUUUUAGCACCUGCACCCACAAGCAAAAAGUAGCCAAUCUAGUUCAAAGUAAGGACUUUCCUUUCACAGAGAAACGAGUAUUCCCAUUUGUCGAAUAAACUCAUGCACAGAAUGUUUGGUACAAAUUAUUUGAUUUUUUACGUUGCCCUCAACAACAUAAUGAACAUCGUUCCACACAGCCGGGGUAGGAUGAGACGUCCAACCGCCAUGUCAUCGAGCCUGGCCACCCGAUCCAAUUUAGUCGCCUCAUCAGAAGCAAUUAAGUGUGGGAACGUAUUCUAAUAGAACCUCACUUCUCAUGAGUAAUAUUAUUAAUUGGCUGUUAACAUAGUUUAAAUAUCGGAUUUGUUUCGCAGAGAACCAAGUAUGAAUUCCCCUAGACUAUACCGCUUGGUAUAAAGUAUUUAUGUGACGUUAGUAAAGGCAAGUCAAUUGUUCACACUAAAACAUGGGAAUAUGACGCCUUAUAACAGAUGGCCACAUAUACCAUUUGUCAAACAUGUACUUGUUGUUUUUGCGUGUUGUUGUAUAUUGUAUUUCUUCUCAUGUAGUUUUUUCAUAUACGCACAGGUAUUAAAUGGCUCCCUGAGGAUAGAAUAACAUAAAGUUUAUUUCAAAUCGUGGCAGUGUGAUGUCCUGCUGCUUUGUCUUGUAGCCUGCAUGCACGUGUACACAUUCGGAGAAUAAAUGCAAGUGUGUC